AUGUCGACCAACACAGCCGGUGCGUCGGCGCCAGACCGUCGAGACUCCGCUAAGGCCUCCGAAGGCCAGGGCUUCAGAGGAAGCCCCGCCUCCCCCACGACCGGCCAUGAUCAAGUAGUGCGCCAGGGUCACCAGAGACUAGUAUUCACUGACCCCGUCGCCCUACGAUACCUAGAAGAAGACCCCUCCACCGAUGUUCUCCAUCGCCGCUCGACCCUGCAGGGUUACGAAAUCUAUAUUGUUGAACAAUGGGCUUGCUCUCGCGUGCACCCGACCUUUGUUAUUUCGACCUAUACUGGAGACCCAUCGCAUACCGUUAUUGUCGGGGUACUCAGCGUGCCAACAGAUGAAACCACAUGGUCGCCUCGGUUGCGGAUGUACUUUGACGCUGUCAAGCAGUACCAUGCUCGGCAGAAGGAGACUCCACUCGGGACAGUCAUGGUUACAGACUUAGGAACUUUCCCGUCGGCUCUCACAGUCAUUCCGGUUCCACAAGGCGACAUUAAGAAACACAGAGAGGAUUUUAUUGUCAACGAGAACAUGAAGCGCUUGGGUUGCGCCGGGCGCGCGGGCCUCAAGCUUCAGGCUCCUUUACCGGCCACGGAAGCAAAGUUUCAUCAGCUUUACCGAACGAAUGAGCGGGUUCCUCUUUAUUAUGCUGUAAUCGAGGUUGUGAAGCAGUGCCAGAUUGCCUUGAUGGUAUUUGAUAAGUUAAAGCCGGAAUACGUGGAUGGUCUCUUGUGCGAUGUAACUGAAGCAGCGAUCAGCGACUGGUGGGCAGAUAUUGGUUCAGAACUGUAUAAUAUUGAACCCAGUGAUGGUGUACUGGGACCAACUACGGUAUCUGCACUCCUGGGAACGCUCCUUGGCGCACGGAAUCGACUGCACACCUAUGGAGCUCCUGUUGGGAAGGAUGCCUUUGAUAUUGAAAACCUCAAACGGGGUAUUAGUGGGUUCCAAAAAUCUCAGAAGCUGAGUCGAACCAGGAGGCUAGAUCGGCAGACCUUGGAGCGAUUACAUCGUGCUACGGCCAAGGCCGCCAAUGCGGAAGGGUGGACUGAUGCUGUCAAAUCAACCAUGGCUGAGCUCAGUGGUCAAGGUGGAGAGAUGGUCAUGGGAAUGGUCCGCGGGCGCGAAAAGGGUGGAAUUGCCGACAUUGAAACCCUCGAUAUCGAUACUUUUAUCCAGUGCUGCUACGGGUCAAGGGCGAAGUGGCUAUGGCUGGGAAAAGCCCGCAAAAGUGGUCAUGAUCAUUCGUUCACGCGUGCCCCGACGUCAGACAUUCUGUUUACCACAGAUGAUCAGGGUGGCUAUGUAUGGACGAGUCGGAAGAAGCACUCUUCAGAGGAUUUGCAUGCCGAACGAGUUACCUCCGCCCUUGAUCGACAAUGGAAGUCUCCUGAAGUGUCAGUCGGCGAAGAAAAAGAUCACCGAAGGAAAGGUGUUAGUGAAAGGGUGUCGGAUGCUCGGGCUGGCCUGGGCCGUUUUAAAGAUGCAGUGGGCCUGCCUGGCUUGCGAUCACAUCACCACAAACAAUCUCGUGAUGGUCCAGAGUUGAUGCAUGAUAUCGCGUAUCGUCCAUCUAUAGACAGCGAUACUGACCCCUCGAUUACCAAACCUAGGACCGCCACUGGUCUUACAUCCGAUUCCAAAGUUGACGGAGAGUUGGAAUCUCGACCAGAGGAUGACCAGAUUCAACCUUCCGCAACAGCGGAGUCAUUGUCCGAUGUCAAACUCCCCGAAAUUCAUGUUGAGACUGUACCGCCAGAUACAGAAUUAGAAUCCCAGAUACAGCAGCACGAUCAUAUUCCAAUUCCAACGCCCCUUCCAGGGGUGGAAGAAGAAUCGGAUCUAGAGCGCAUGGUAACACGGUCUACCGCCGCCUCAAGUGAUGGGGGAGACCGAGACGACACACGGCCAAAUCUAGCCUUGAUGUCUCUACGGCGAGCUCAAAGUUGUGAAGAGCUUCGAAGCAAUGAAAUCGGCCCCCAGCGCUGUGACGAGAGAUGUCCGAGACAUCUUUCUUUUAGUAACGUCGAAGAAGUGGUCCAUGCAUCCAAACCGCUGGUUGACCAGCCAAGAGUCGGUUCUUCGGCUACCUUGGAAGAAGCAAUCGCUCAAGAAGACAUCCUGGCAUCGGAUGCUCGCAUCUUCAGCUCUCGGAUAUUGGAGUUGGGCGAGCAUACGGCUCCUUGGGUAGAGCGUCAAGUGGAUACUGUGGAUGGGCUCAACACAAAACUCUAUGAUCAACACGAAGAACUAAAUUCGGUCUAUCUGGAGCGGGUUGAUGAUUAUCGACGGCUACGAGACCGAUCCAGUGAUCUUUUGACCGACGAAAGUUCCUACCUUAAUGACAGUGUCAAGCGCGUUGAACUACUUGGAGCCAAACUAGACUACGAGCUCCAUGUUCUCGAAUCCAAGGUCGACGACAUGGAGGAAGGACUGACUGACUUUGAGCGACAUAUUGUCAAUGUGGAGACCCGCGUCAAAGCCUUACUCCAGGGCGAGGAAAAGCACAGCAUCUCCUGGAUGACGUGGGUUCGACAGUCCCUUGGCUUGACAGGAUCAUUCGGCCAUUCAGGCUCUUAA